UACACAGCAAUGGUGGUUGGGUUUCACGUGUAGUUUGUGCCUUUUUUCUCUGUAUGUCAAAAAAUCAAAAUUCCCAAAAAAGAAUGCAACUUUCCCUUUCCUUCAAACCCUUCUUUAAUCCUCCUUAAAUUCAAAAGCUUUCAAUUCUCUUCUUUUAUCACUUACUCAUUUCUCUUUUUCUUCUCUAUGAAGAUUUUGUUUGCAAAUCGAAAUCAAUCAUUGUCUAAAGUCUUUGAAUUAUCGGUGAACAUGGUUCGAAAGAAGAAGAAUGAGAGGCCGCUGCUGUUUAAAGAAUAUAUGCAAGGAUCCAAUCUUGUGAUAGAAUGGUUAUUUCUUUGAUUUGACUUGAAGAGACUUCUAGUUUUUAAUCUUUUGGUUUGUGCUUUCUUGGAGUGAUAUAAUUAGUUUGGAGAUGUAGUAUAAUAGUUUAGAUUGCAUUAUAUUUUUGGUGGCAUUUGAUAACUGCUUGAUCUAGAUAUAAAUGGAGUUGUUAAGAAGGAAGAGAAAAGGCCUUGAGGUUUUGCCUUCAUGUGGAAAGUCCUUAACUCCAUCCACGGUUAUUUGGUCCCACUUGUCACUGGGAGAUUAUUCAAGGCAGAAGAAAAAGUGUAAGGAGGAUGAAUGCAAGGAAGUUGGUUCAAUUAGGAGGUUAGUAAAAGGAGUUGUAACUGCCCCCCAUUAUAGAAGUUCCUCUUUGGAUCCGCCUUGUAGGGGUCUUAAAAGGAAAAUUGGGUGUAUUGAUUCGGUGACACAAUUAGGCCGGAAGAAAAAGAUUGAACAACAGUAUGAUUUGGGUGCCAAACUUGGGCAAGGGAAGUUUGGAUCUGUGGUGUUGUGUAGAAGUAAAAUGACUGGAGAAGAGUUUGCAUGCAAAAUGUUGCGCAAGGGCGAGGAUCUUGUGCAUAGGGAAGUGGAGAUAAUGCAGCAUCUUUCUGGUCAUCCAGGCAUUGUGACAUUGAAGGCCGUGUACGAGGAUUCAGAAACUUUUUAUCUUGUGAUGGAGCUCUGCUCUGGGGGACGACUGCUUGACCAGAUGGCUAAGGAAGGGAAAUACUCAGAGCAUCGGGCUGCUAAUAUACUAAAAGAACUGGUUUCAGUCAUCAAAUACUGCCAUGAUAUAGGUGUUGUCCACAGGGAUAUAAAGCCUGAGAAUAUUCUCCUUACGGCAUCUGGGCGAAUGAAGCUUGCAGAUUUUGGGCUAGCUGUGAGGAUUGCAAACGGUCAGACCUUAACAGGUGUGGUUGGAAGUCCAGCCUAUGUUGCCCCAGAAGUUCUACUUGGGGACUAUUCAGAAAAAGUUGAUAUCUGGAGUGCUGGUGUCCUCCUUCAUGCUCUGCUUGUUGGCACUCUUCCAUUUCAAGGUGAUUCAUUGAAUGCAGUAUUUGAUGCAAUUAAGAAGGUCAACCUCAAUUUUGAAAGUGGAAUAUGGGAGUUGGUUUCCCAACCUGCAAGGGAUCUAGUUGGCCGUAUGCUGACAAGGGAUGUUUCAGCAAGACUAACUGCUGACGAAGUACUAAGACAUCCAUGGAUCUUGUUCUAUACAGAACCUACUCUGAAGGGACUUGCACUAAAACCAAAGUUAAAAAACCAUGCUAGAUUGACUUCCCAACAACUAAUUGUCCCAGCAUGGAUGGAGCCAGAGAGAUGCAAUGUGGCGGCCUGUAGUUUUCUCAGUGAUGUUUCUAGCCUAAUUUCUUCAUCCGGUGGCUCAACAAAGAGGUCGGAUGAGCAAGAUUGCGGAGUAGUUGAUCUCCUUGCUGUGGCAAUCUCACGUGUGAGAAUAUCUGAGCCAAAGCGAAGCAGGCUGUGUUAUCCUGCCAGCCCUAUCCGACAAGAGUGUUCCUCUAACAUGAAAGUUAACAAUCUCUGUACAGCAUUCUGAUUGUUCUGUAUAAAAUGCUGACUUCGCUGCCCAUUAGCAAAGCUGGCAACGAGAUAAGUCAAUGUUGCAUGAGAUUUAAUAGAGUGAAGACCAAGUUCAACAACAAUAAGAUCAAUAAGAUGACCAUGGAAGUGAAAUGAUGGGGUAACUCAUAAAUGUUUCUUCUGCUGUGAGAAUCUUCUGAUAUUUAAUUAGUGUGUUUGUACUCUGAUCUAUUAUUGCUAUUGUAUGUUUAUCCUGACCUGGCAUCAUGUGAAAACAUGGCUUGUAAUUUUCCUGUAAAUAGAAUCUGGGUUAUUAUGCUUUA